ACAGAACCUCACAAUCACUGUGAGUGCGUGGCCUGCGUGCGUCCGUGAACCUACUACUCAUCCUUGUUGACGAAAUGAUUAAAAGAAUGUAAAAAAAGUAAAAAUUAUGAUUUCUCAUGAUCAAUUGUGAAAUUCAAAAAGAAGGCAAUAAAAUGUGUCAGUUAAAACAGCACUGGCUAUGCUCAAGCAAAGAUAAAGAGAAAAACCACGUGUUCAGGUGUGUUAGUUUCGGCCAUAAAAACUGGCGCGUACGGUAACCGGUAGUAACGUGUUAUUUCUCCGUGUUACCCUUAGCAACGCUCGAAACACAAAUGGUAACACUCAGAAAAACACCAUUAGGUCGGCAAACCGGCUGACUGAAACUGACAAUACUUCGAGAUGGAUGGAACAGCCAAUGAUCACUUCAAUUACAAUCGUCUUCAAACACCACAAACUAAUAAUGUCGACGCGGAGCUCCAAAAUUGGAAAAACAUCUCCAAAAACAGCCAAGAAAUGGAAGAACGGCGACGUGCCAAUACAUUUAUUCGUGCGAUUGAGCCAAUCGUCGAAGAAAUCAAAGCGCUGGAAUCAUUCCGACUAAGGGAGAUGGAAGAUUCUGCAAAUAGCAUUCUAGGAUGUAUUGAUGAUUUGUGGAAACUUGAAGAUUACAAGUAUCCUCAAGAUCAAAUGGACCAUCUUCUUAACAUAUCAAGUGCGUGUUUCGCAGAAGCGAUCGCCAAGAAACUCAAAAACAGUUCAAUUUGGUUGCCAAAUUCUACAAGUCAUACUCACUUGGCUCAAGCUUUGACUGGUUGUAAUGCGUGGAUUAAUGAAUGCCAUCGGAUGACGUCACUCUUCUGGAAAAACGACAUGUACCAUCCAUGGAAAGGAGAACCUUUUCUUUCGUUAAAUGUUGUCAAGCUACGUGAUCGUAUCAAUCAGAUUACUUCAAUACUCCAAGUCAUCAGCCUUGCUGCCCAAUUGAUACCGUCAUCCAAAAAUGAUUUGCUAGAUCCCAAUUAUUUAUUCGAGGGCUUUCAAGCUUUAGAUGGCAUGCCAAAUUCCUUGCUAGACAACGCGGGGUGGAAAGCCGCCGUCACCCAGUUCAACGAUCACUUUACUCAGGCUGAAAAGGAAGCCGGUUCCGCCCUCCGGCCGCGUUUGACUUCAGCAUCCAGCGGUGAUCCAUCUGCACUAUUAGACUCGCUUCUUGAAUUCAAAGAGCUGGUUCAACGGCCUCGCAUCCGCCGAGAGCUGGAAUCAGAGGGUCAAGCGCUUAUGAACUAUACAAAAACAUGGUUAGAGAAGCUACGACGAGACCUUGCGACAGCUAAAGUUAAUAUUGGGUCCAACUCGUCAUCAAAAGUGCCAGAAACAUUACGGGAGAUCAAUGCAAUCCGCCACUUGGAAACGCAAGUAACCAAUAUACAAAAAGGUGUCCAGAUUUUUGCAAACGAUAUGGUGGAAGCCAAAAAUUUGGACCAGGAAUCACGAAAUUUGUUGUCGGAGAUAAAAGAUCAAAUUAAUGAAAUCUUUGACGAUUGGAGCCGAAAUAUUUUGGCCGGAAUACGUGACGAGUCGUUAAGUCUAUCGAGCGACUCGCCGGUCAUGUCAUUCGAUGAGAACAAAUUAAUGAUAAUCAACUACGAUCCUCGUUUGAUCAAUUUUGUCGAAGAAGUUCGCCUACUAUCGUCCAUGGGUUUUAAAAUGGCUCCGCAAAUCAUGCGCAACUCGAAAUUAGCUGAAGAUUUCAUGCAACAAGCGAAAAGUUUAGAGGAGAUUGCAACCUUUCACAACAAUAUUGGUGACAGUAUGAUGCCUUGCUUGAAACCUCUGAUGUUGGAAGCGGCAAUUGGACUCUCUGCUUUGGUGCAGGAACAAAAUGUCGUCACCUGGGCGCAAGCAGAAAAUGUCAACAGCUACAUCCGUCGACUCCAGCAGGCUGUUCAAAGGCUAACCGCCCUAAAUCAGCAACUCACCAUGUGCCAUGAAAAAAUUCAAGAAAAGGUUUUAAAGCUAUUUGAUAUUGAUCUGAUGACGCAACAACAAAAAUGGAAAGAUAGCCUACGGGAAGUCCGAUUGCUAUUCGGAACUGUGGAAGCUCAAGGUUUCCACAAUUCAUACGCCUGGCGCUUGUAUUGGGAUUAUCAGCUGUACAAGGCCGUAGAGUGUCAGUACCUGUUACAUUUGGACGAGCUACACACGAACGUGUCGGAUAUUCACAUUGAACUUGAUUUCAAGAAACAAAAUUUGCUGUUCAAGCCCCCAAUUGAAGACAUAAGGCGCGAAUACUACACCAAAUUACGCAAGUUUCUGUCUCUCCCUCUACAUUUCAAAGGAUUUUUGGAGCAGCCUGGGGCUCCGAGCCUAUUUCCAAAAAUUGUCGAAAAACACGCCAAUCGAUUCAGUCAGGUGUACGCCGCAUCAGGCAAAGUGUUUAGGGAAUUGGACCAGUUUCAGGAACAAUUUAAGAUUUGGAUAGUCCCAGCUCUUGUUGAUCUAGACACUCUGUUUGAACAACGACUCAAUGAACCGCAGGAUUGGGACUUGGCAUUCCAGGCAGCCAAAAAGAAGAAAGAAGAAAUGUCUGGUUUAUCGAGUGAUGACGAGCGUGUUGGAUGUUUCGUGAUUAGUCUAACUCCUUUGCAUCGAGAGAUUGAAUACAUUCAACGUCGUUAUUGGGAUGCCAUAACCUCCUCACUCUACACGUCCAUUCACAAGGACUCGACAGCCAUCGAAACUUUCAUAUCCAACGCAACUGUUGUGCUGAAUGUCCAGUUGCAUGAUGUCGACGAACUUUCUCAGGCCAGCAGUGACUUUAACGAAUUACUUCGCACGACUCCCGAAAUAACUCGCCUUAUGAAAAAAGCUGAAACUAAAGCUCAAGUUUUGUCAAGAUGGACACAGGACAGUGUGGAGAUUUUUACCCAAGUCUCUACCAAAUGGGAAAAUUUCAACACGCUUCUCUCUCGCCAUAAACAAGACAUUAAUCAACAGUUGGACAGUCUAAAAUCAAACAGCCAGUCCCAGAUAAUCAAGUUUACAUCUGAAAUCGACCAGUUUUAUCAGAAGUGGCAACAAGAACAGCCACCGGAUAGACUAGACAUUACAAAUUUAGACCAGUAUUUAAAACUCUUACGAAAGAGUCGUAGGGAAUGGAACAAACUGAUGGAGAAUCAGAUACGGUUAAACGUCAAUUUGGAAAAAGUUGGAGAGAAACCUGUCGAAUUAUCUGUGAUAACCGAAAUCGAAGGUGAAAUUGCUCAGCGAGAGAGGAUUUGGAGCCUCUACCAAUCUUUCACCGAAGAAUUGGAUGAGAUGGGUCAUGAAGAUUGGCUUUUGUCACGAAACAAGAUUGUUAAACUAGACGAAUACCUGGAAACUUGGAUGAAUAGGCUUAAUAAAAGUGAGGAUAAAUCACCAAUAAUUGAUUGGCUAAAGAAUCAAAUCGAGCAACACAAGGCUUUCAUUCCAGUGCUGAAACUAGCGCGCGGUGAAACAUUUACAGAGCGCCACUGGGCAGAAUUUCUGAAAAUAACUGGCCUAUCUACUACAAGCAUCGAACAAGUCACCCUUGAAGACCUUCUUCGAGCGCAAACUGUUUUAUCUCAAAACUUCAAUGAAUUAAAAGAAUUAAAUAGCAGAGCAGCUGGCGAAUCGCUGGUCAGACAAGCGCUGGUUGAAUUAGAACAAUGGGAAGUAGAGUCACAUUGGACAUUGGCUCAGCACGUUGAUUCAAAUGGCAUUCAGUUAUUCAUCAUUAAAGAAUUCAAAGAAUUGCUCAACAAGGUUGGUGAGAAUAUGAGUCUUAUCCAGUCAGUCAAGGAUUCAUCCUACUAUCAGGCAUACAGCGACCGGAUAAUGCUGUGGGAAACCAAAAUGACAGACCUAGAUUUUUACCUCCGCCAUUUGAGUCAAAUUCAAAUCAAGUGGCUCUAUUUAGAACCUGUUUUCAAUCGAGGAGCUUUAUUAAAAGAUGCCGGACGUUUUCGUCGCCUGGAUGCCGAUUUUCGGUUCAUUAUCACCGAGAUCAAGCGUGACAGCAGAGUGACGUCAAUCUUACGCAUUACUAAUCUGCGCUCUUUGGUUACUAGUCUGCUAGAUCAAGUUGGCCGCUGCCAGAAAAGUCUCUUUGAAUUUUUAGAGGAUAAACGCUCGAAAUUUGCACGUUUCUACUUUUUGGGGGACGAAGAUCUGCUAGAUAUAGUCGGCCAGGCAGCCACCAGGCCCUCUGUAGUGCAACCGCACUUGAAAAAGCUUUUCGCCGGCAUUCACUCUGUCCUUUUCAGCAACGAUCAACGCUUCAUCGUGGCUGUGGCUUCGUUGGAGGGCGAGCGAGUCGAGUUGAAAUCGCCAGUGUCGGUGUCGUCGGAACCAGUCGAGAUGUGGCUCAACCGUUUGGUAUCGGAAACCCGCUCCACACUGCAGGCCAUGUUACGCAACUGUGUACAGGAGCGUCAGCGGGACGCCACCGAUCUCUCACGAUUCCCGACACAGAUCCUCUGUUUGGCCGAAGCGAUCGUUUUCACAGAGCGAUGCGAAAAAGCUAUUUCCUCCUCACCCGGCGCGUUGUCCAAACUCAAAAGUGACUAUCAAAAUCAAUUGGCCAGUUACACCAGUGCUCCGCUGUUGCAGAGCAGUGGUUCUGACGAGCAGGGUGUCAUCGUUUUAAAGUUGCAAGCUCUUAUCAUGGACAUUAUUCAUUACAUUGACGUGAUCAAGCAGAUCCUUGAUGCCAAGUGUCGUUCGACUAACGACUGGGCAUGGAAAAAGCAACUCAGGUUCUACUUGAAGGAUGGCGUAGCAGUAGCGCAGAUGGCCAGUACCGAAGUCGAGUACACUUACGAAUACCAAGGAAACGUAGCGAAACUCGUUCACACACCUCUGACGGAUAAAUGCUACCUCACGUUGACAUUGGCCUUACGUAUGGGACUUGGUGGCAAUCCGUAUGGCCCGGCUGGAACGGGCAAAACGGAAUCGGUUAAAGCGCUCGGCUCUCUACUCGGACGUCAGGUGUUGGUCUUCAAUUGCGAUGAGGGAUUGGAUGUGAAAUCAAUGGGACGCAUUUUCGUAGGACUGGCCAAAAGCGGAGCUUGGGGCUGUUUCGACGAGUUUAAUCGCCUCGAUGAAAAUACUCUAUCGACUGUCUCUACGUUGAUCCAGGCUAUCCAGCUGUCGCUCAAGAACAAAAGUCAUGUCGUCACGCUGCUGGGCACUCAAGUUGACAUUAAUCCACACACUGGUAUUUUUGUCACGCUCAAUCCGGCCGGCAAAGAGUACGGAGGACGUCAGAAGCUUCCGGAUAAUUUGAAACUACUUUUUCGUCCGGUGGUCAUGUCUGAGCCGGACAUUGAAUUAAUCGCCGAAGUGAUUCUUUAUUCGCAGGGUUUUCGAGAUGCUCAAAUUAUUGGCAAAAAGUUGGUCGACGUCUUUCGUCUCGCUCAGAAACUUUUGAGUCGACAGCAGCACUACGACUGGGGCCUGCGAGCCUUGAAGAGCGUCUUGCGGACAGCGGGUGAUGGUUUACGGGCCUCUUUGGCGACGAGUAUCUCCGAUGAUGUCGAAUAUACAACGGUCGUUCGCGCUCUCAACUUCAACACCUUAUCCAAAUUGACCACAGUCGACUCGACUUUAUUUCUCGGACUUGUGGCCGAUAUUUUCCCAACUGCUCAACAAAGUCACGAUCCUGCACAUGCUCAUCUGGUGGACGUCAUCGCCACCUGUUGCCAAGAUAUGGGAUUGAUUCCGUUGGAUCGACAAGUAAAAAAAAUCCUGGAAGUCUACGAACAAGCGAAACAGCGAAUGGGGGUCGUCAUUGUCGGACCACCUCAAACUGGAAAAUCUACCGUGUGCGCAAUUUUAAAAAAGGUCCUUCAGCAGCAGAAACGUAAAGUGCAAGCGUACACACUGAAUCCCAAGGCCAUCAGUCGUAUCCAUUUACUGGGUCUGAUUGAUCCGGCGACUCGGGAAUGGACGGACGGUGUCCUCACUAAAAUUGCACGGCUCGUUGUUUCAGAUGCUGAAAUUAUUUCUUGGGUUGUUUGUGACGGAGAUAUCGAUCCUGAAUGGAUUGAAGCGCUUAAUUCAGUUCUUGACGAUAAUCGUUUGUUAACCAUGGCGUCCGGCGAGCGCAUCAAAUUUGGUCCCGAUGUCAACUUCAUUUUUGAGACUCACGACUUGACUUACGCCUCACCAGCCACCAUUUCACGAAUGGGUGUUGUCUUUUUUAGUGAGGACGAUAUGGAUUUCCAUAUUGUCAUCCGCAGUUGGCUGCUCGAACAACCCAGUGAAGUACAAAAAUCGCUUCAGUCUCUGAUUGACAGUUAUUUUUACAAAGCUCUUGAGUGGAUAUCCAAGAAUGGAGAAGUCGUUGUCCCAGUAUCUACUUUGACAACAAUUCGUGGCAUACUCAGCCACUUGACAUGUUGCAAGACCAAAAAACAAUUCGUUAACGGCCUUCUCAAAGGAGGCGGUGCUAAUUUAACUUCCCAGUCUCUUAUCCAAUUCGGACAAAUGGUUUUAUCCAUGUGUGGGGAAAAGGCGCCAGACAUGGAAAAUCCUUUUCUAUGUCGAUAUGAUUCCAAACUGAAUUCUUUAGUCACUCUCGACUCCAAUGUCUUGGACAGCACUCACUGGAAUAAUGACGAGCAAAAUUUAUUAGUGCCAACGACCAACUUGCUCGUCACUUACGAGAUGAUUCAACCAUGGUUUGACAAUAAGGAACAUGUUCUUGUUGUUGGUCCGGAAGCUUGCGGGAAGAGCCUGCUUGUCGAACACUGCUUAAGGCAGAUGCGAUCCACACGGAUUGUAAUUUUCCAUUGCACAGCUUCAACUACUCCGCAGAACGUUCUUCAUAAAUUGCUUCAAAAUUCCAUCAUCGUUUCGAGUUCAAACGGACAAGUUUUGGUACCGAGAGAGGCUUCAACGUUGGUUCUCUAUUUGAAAGAUUUAAACAUUGUCAUGCCAGACAAGUGGGGAACCUGCCAACUCACCGCCUUUUUGGAACAAGUGAUCAACUACAAGGGAUGCUACGAUAAUAACGGCGAGUGGUUGGUUAUGGAUAAUAUCCAGCUUGUGUGUACUUUGAACCUGAACCAUUCGCAAGGACGUUUUCAACUUAAUCCUCGCUUCAUUUCCUUGUUGCGUGUUGCAGCCGUUGGAGACCCACUGUUAAGAGAAUUGGAAUUACUAACCUUUAGCUAUUUGAGCGCUUCCUUCAAAAGGGAAAAAGCGGUGGUUGCUGAUCGUUUACUUCAGAAAAUCACUUCUUUCAUGGUCCAUUUUGAUGGCGAAAUGAGACGGAAUGUAGUUCCGACAAACAACUUUCAAAUUCUGUUCACAACAAGACAUUUAACCAGCUGGGCCGAAGGUUUAGCUCGUUACGAAAUCCGCUGGGAAGAUUCAAAUGCCGUUGUAAUGGCAUUGGGCUACGAGGCGUCCAGGAUCUAUCGUGACAAGUUGGUAUCCGAUGAGCAACGAACGCAAUUUGACGGGCUUUCGAAUCAACUUUUCAACGAAGAAUGGAAGACGUCUACACAAACGUCAGGAGGAACACUUUACACCACUUAUCGAUCGAAGAAACACGGACUCAUUCCAGUGACACUGUCAGAGUGGGAAAAGAUCGUGAAAAAGACUCUGCAGCAAUACGGGAGAGAAAACGAGCCCUUGGAUGUAGAAAUGCUGUUGGAGUUACUGCAAGCAGUCGUUCGAGCGGACAGAGUAUUAAGCGACCCAUCUGGCCGCUCAUUGCUAUUGAUUGGGAGAUCAGGGGUCGGUCGCCACACGUCUAUCAAGCUGCUGUCUUUCAUGCAUCACGCCCGAGUUAUGACCCCCUUUCCCGGAAGGAACUACGGCCGGAAGCAAUUUACCAAUGACUUGAAAUCGGCCAUGCAUGCCGCUGGUGUUGAUGGCGACUUGGUGUAUUUUGUGCUGGAAGAUCAUCAUGUUACAGACUCCAAUUUUUAUGCCCUGAUUGACUCAUUAUUGGCUUCGGGAGAGGUUCCAGGGAUGUACACUAGUGAAGAAAUCGAGGCUCUUUUGGCGCCGUUGAAGGAAGUAGCUGCUGACGAAGGCUAUGGCGGCAGUCUUUUCUCUUUCUAUGCUCAACGUGUGAAAAAUAGGUUACGUGUCAUCUUCAUCAUCGAUUGCGCCCAGCCGACUUAUGAGACCGUCUUGGAGACGCAUCCUUCCAUGUACAAAUACAGUGACGCAAUUUGGAUGGAAAACUGGACGAAGAUAAGCAUGACGGCCGUUGCAGCUAGAAUUCUCAAGGAUGAAAGAGCUGUGCAAGAACUUGAUAAAUCUGUACACAUUUACGAGAGUUUGGAUGCUUCGUUGAAAUGCCCGAGGCGUUACGUUUCGUUCAUUCAAACCUUUUCCAGCAUAUGCGGCAAAAAGACGGAUCGUAUUUUCGAACAACAGCAAAGAAUACAGACUGGUGUUAGCAAGUUGUCCGAUGCUCGCGAGCUUGUCGCUCAGUUGCAAGCGGAAGCCGGCCAACAAGAGCAAUUGCUAGCUCAGAAGCAAAUGGAAGCCCAGGCGGCAUUGCAAAAGAUUACCGACACGAUCCAGAGUGCCGGAGUGAAAAGAGAUGAAAUGCAAGACCUCCGCAGUACUAUCGCCAAUGAGAACGUUGCCCUUACCACCAGAAAGGAGGCCAUCGACCAGGAGCUGGCUGAGAUCGAGCCACUCCUUAUGGAAGCUCGAUCCGCCGUGUCGGAUAUCCGUAACGAAGCGCUGUCUGAAAUCCGCUCGCUGCGCGCACCACCCGAAGUGAUCCGUGACAUCCUCGAAGGAGUCCUCCGACUGAUGGGCAUCUUGGACACAUCGUGGACAUCUAUGAAGAGCUUUUUGGCCAAAAGAGGCAUCAAGGAGGAAAUCAGGUCGUUUGACGCCAGAAAAAUUUCCGGAGAAAGUCGACGAGCCGUCGAACAAUUGCUAGCCCGCCGGAAAGAAUCCUUCGAUGACAGAGUUGCUAAAAGAGCUUCGGCUGCAGCCGCCCCAUUGGCCUCUUGGGUUCGUGCCAACGUGAGCUACUCACGUGUGUUGGAAAGGAUCACUCCACUGGAACAAGAGCAAGCCAAUCUCAGAAGGAACCUUCAGGCAGCUGAAGACAGCAUGACUCGUUUAGCCACCGGAUUGGACGAUGUGGACAAGCAGGUGGCAAUCCUACGAGAUCAACUCUCGGCGUCGACUCGCGAAGCCAGUGAGAUCGAAAUUGGACUAAAGAAAGCGCGUGAGACUCUCAGCGUUUCGCAAAAUUUGGUAAUGGAAUUGGCCGACGAAUACGAUCGCUGGCGGUUACAGCUCGAGGAACUGGAACACGAUCAUCACAAUGUGGCCUUUUACGCUCUACUUGCAGCUGCCUUCAUCAAUUUUCUGUCGUGCUCUACAGAGGAUGAUAGGAAAAGUUCAUUGUCUAGAUGGUUAACUCAGCUUCAAUUGCAUCCUGCAAAAUCGGAAACAGAAGCAGAAAAAUCGAUUUUUUCAUUAAAGAAAUUUCUGACUAGUGAACAAGAAUUAAUGCUUUGGCGCUCAGAAGGAUUGGCUGCAGAUGAUUUGGCCGUCGACAAUGCUUUAGCCAUCCUACAGGGAACAUUAUAUCCCCACGUUCUUGAUGCCACUGGAAAAAGUAUUCAGUGGAUUGCAACUCAUUUUAAAUCAAUGACUGUCGAAAUAACUUCGCAAGGGGAUGAGCGCUUUGCUAACAUCCUCGAUCUCGCCAUCAGAUUCGGGAAAAUUUUAAUCGUUCAAGAUGUAGACACCAUAGAUCCAAUUCUAUUUCCUAUUUUACGAAACGAUUACGUUAUUCAAGGAGUGCGAAAACUUGUUCGAUUGGGCGACAAACUAGUAGACUGGAAUGACAAUUUCCGGCUGUUUCUCUUCAGCCGCUCGACGGGGUUGGUGCCUUCCCCGCAAUCAAAUGCCUUAGUCAACACCAUAAAUUUUAAUACCACUCAAGCUGGACUAUGUGAACAGCUCGUCGCACUGACAGUCAAAUUCGAAAAUCCAGAACUGGAACAACGGAAGAAACAGUUACUGGAACAAGAAGAACAGCUCAAACUGCAACUGGCACAGUUAGAGGAGAAACUUCUUCAAACUCUGGGAAAUUCUACAGGAAACAUUUUGGAAAAUUCGGAUGUCCUGACUUCUUUGAGGCAACUUAAGCAAUCUAGCGCUACGAUAGGAAAGUCUCUGAGGGAAUCACUGGAACUGCAAUAUUCAUUGGAAAAAGAGAGGUCGACUUAUAAUGAGUUAGCCCAGUUUGGGAGUCGUUUGUUUUUCGCCAUACAAGAACUUUCCAAACUGAACGUUUGCUACCAGUUUUCCGUGCAGGCCUUCAUGCACAUAUUUCUGAAGAAUCUAGAUUCCAAGAAUAUCGAAAAUGGACCGGAAAAAAUGGGCUUCAUUCGGCAGCGGCUCCUCAAGACGGUGUACACCAUGGUCUCUCGAGCUCUGUUUAAACCCGAUAAGAUGGUUGCUGCUCUCCACAUUGUUAGAGAAAUGUAUCCGCACAUUUUUCAAUCGAAUGAAUGGGAAUUGUUUGUUGGAUUAAAAUCGGGUCGUAUCCAGUCCAAGCAGAUAGAGCUUCCGGGCUGGAUUGAUGAAAGUCGUGCUCUUAACGUAUCAGCUAUCAAAGUGAUUUUCCCCAGUAUUUUCUCGGCCUUACAUGUGGAAGACGCUGCGCUAUGGACUAAAUCGAGUACGGCUAUCCCUUCGGUCAUCAGCCAAGUACUUUCUCCUUUCCAACAAGUGCUUGUGGUUCAGGCCAUCUAUCCUGACAAACUCAUCAACACUUUGACGCAGUUUCUCUCAAGGACUUUAGAAUUGACCGAAUUGUUUCCAGCGACGUCAAGUCUACGAACUAUUUUAAAUGAAACGUCUUCAACUGAACCUAUUUUGGUGCUUCUUCCUUGUGACGGCUCGGGCGCUUAUGACAUGACGGUCGAGUUGGAAGAGUUGGCCAGAGACACGCUUGGAGAAAACUGUCUGGUCGAAAUCGCUAUGGGAACCGACGAGACGGAGAAAGCGACUGAAUCCGUGAUGCAAGCAGCUCGGAACGGUCAUUGGACUUGCCUCAAAAAUAUCCAUUUGGUCAGCAGUUGGUUACCUGUGCUCGACCGGUUAAUGAAUGAACUCGACCAGGAAGACGGUGGUCUUCACGUCAAUUUCCGAUUGUGGAUGACGGCUGAGCCCGUUUCCACUUUGCCAGUUUCACUUCUUCAACGUUGCAAGAAAAUAGUUAGCGAGGCUCCGCAAGGAAUGAAGCGCAACUUGAAUCGCAUUUUCGAAGCCUGGAACCCGAGUUCCUUGCCAAGUUCUCCUAUUCACAUGCAAGCCUUGUUCGUACUAGCUUGGUUUCACGCAGUGGUUCAAGAAAGAAGAAAUUACGUCCCGCAAGGAUGGCUCAAAAAACAUGAAUUUAACGAAUCCGAUCUGCGAGCGUCAACUGAAUUACUCGAUCAGGUUUUCAAAGAGAUUGAUAACUCGGGUAACCGCUGGGAAUACGUGAAUGGAUUACUUUUGAAUGUCAUUUACGGUGGCCGGAUAGACAACAACUUUGAUCUACGAAUUCUUCGUUCAUAUCUAACACAAUACUUUAAUGAUGAUGUGCUUGGAAAAGAUCGUUCCCCAAUUAAUGAGGAAAUUAGCGUUCCCUUGUCAAAAAAUCUUCGGGAUUAUGUGACGCUUGUACGCCAUUUACCCGAAACGGAUAAAUCCGCUUAUUUCGGAUUGCCACCCAACAUUGAUGUGACCGUUCAAUAUAACGAAAGUGUCUAUUUGUCAGCACGAUUAAAAGCUUUUUAUCAGGCUUCAGUUCAGCCUUCAGCUGGGGACGUGAAACUUCUCAUGAACAAACUCGCUCCUAUUUUCUCCGCAUGGAAAUCUUUAUUGCAGGGAACCACACUCCUGUCGAUGAAAGAUUCCAUCUCGUCCUCAACGAGUGUCCCAUCUAACCCGUUGGCGGCUUUCAUCGCUGCAGAAAGUUCCUUGGCUCUCCGCUUGAUUCAAACCGUACAUCAAUCUCUAGCCGCCAUGAACCGAUUCCUCAAAUCUGGCAUGCCUCUCCCUUUUUCUUUAAUGGAAUCAGCGUCUGAAAUCACCUUGAUGAAGACCCCGAAGUCGUGGUAUACUUUAUGGGAAGGACCGUUGCAAGUGGAGCAAUAUCUUCGCUCUUUAGUUAAAAGGGCGCGAGCAUUAGCAGAAAUAUGGCUACCAGCCGUGCAGAAGAAUCAACUAUUGUCGGCUGUUUUGGAUAUUUCAGAGCUUAUGAACCCAGAAGCUUUCUUCAGUGUACAUCGGCAACAUAGCGCAAGGGAAAUGGGGAUUUCAAUGGAUUCUCUGCAAUUGUUGGUUUCAUGGAACAAGUCGCAAACAUCUGUUGAUAUCAGCACUGCUACUCUGAGUGGGAUAUACAUUCAGGGAGCUCGAAUGACAUCUGCUGUUGGGAUGGAAGAGUGCUUCGUCGAGACUCCAUCGUGGAAUCCAAUUCCUCCCUGUUUCCUGUCGUGGGUUCCCCUCGAAGAUGCGAAUUCUCGGCCCAAUGGAUUGCACACUGUUAAAGUGCCGCUGUAUGUUGAUGAAGAAAGACAGCGUUUGAUUACCGUACUGGAUAUUCCCUUUGCUUCUGGUAUAAUUGACGACUGGUACCGAGCCGGAAUUGCUUUGUCACUGAAAGACUGAACAACGUCUGAGUUUCCCUAUAAUGAUUUAACCCAAUAUUUUGUGAUUUCUGAUGAAUAAAAGACU